AUGUCUUCAAAUGACAUUACCCCUGGGGAGGCGACUGCUACUUCUUUUCGGCCAGCAUUGAUCGUAGUUGAUAUGCAAGAGGACUUUUGUCCGCCUAAUGGCUCUCUAGCCAUCCAGGGUGCCCGCGCCCUCGCCCCGAUAAUCAACUCCCUCCUCUCCCUCCCCGGCUUCGUUCUCAAAAUCUCCACGCAAGACUUCCAUCCAACAAAAUCAUAUCUCCUUCGCUGCCAAUCACCCAGCCCCCAACAACGUCCCUUUCCAAUCCAUCAUUGCCGUUCACAACCCCGCCCGACCCACCACCAUUAA